UGGGCGGUUGGCUCAUUUCAUUAUAUGCUGCAGCUACCAAACCAACUCUCCCUCCCUUCCUCAUUUCCUCUGUCUAAGCAAAACCAGACACAGGCAAAGCUAGCAUUGAUUGAUCAUAGCAAACUAGCUUUGAUAUGGGUCGUCUUGCACCAUUAUCAGAAGAACCCAAUAUUAAUGAAGAAGAAGAUGCCACAAAUCGCUCGAGCAAAGGCAUAAUGAGGAGUCAGACAUGGAGGAAAUGGAUCAAGACCCACCUCACCUCCCUUGCCAUCUUCAACAAGAGGUCUGACUUCAAGGUCCUCCUCAGCGUUCUGGGUUGCCCUCUCUUCCCUGUCUCUGCCCUCCCCAAACUGCCCCUCAACGAGGUCUCCUCUACUGCACAAUACAUAAUACAACACUUCACAGCAGCCACAGGCUGCCGCAAGCUAGAAGGUAAAGUCAAGAACAUUUUUGCAACCGGAAAAGUGAACAUGGCGAUGGUGGAUGAUCCCGCUCCUGGCAGCUCCACCAGUGGAGCCACCACUAUAUCAGAAAAAGGGUGCUUUGUAAUGUGGCAGAUGAUUCCUAAUAAGUGGCUGAUUGAACUAGUUCUGGGUGGUCACAAAGUAGCAGCUGGUAGUGAUGGCAAUGUGGCAUGGCGCCACACGCCGUGGCUUGGGGCGCAUGCUGCCAAGGGCGGUGUUCGUCCUCUACGGCGAGCACUCCAGGGACUAGACCCCAUGGCGAUAUCAGCUGUAUUUGCCCCAGCACAGUACAUGGGCGAAAAGCAAAUCUCAGACGUCGAUUGCUUUGUCUUAAAAUUGUCAGCCGAUCAGACAGAUCUGUCUGAAAGAAGCGAUAGCACUGCAGAGAUGAUCAAACAUGUGGUAUUUGGUUACUUCAGCCAAAGAAAUGGACUACUCGUGCACUUAGAAGACUCUUACUUAACUAGGAUUCAAUCACCUGGUGCCUAUCCUACAUACUGGGAGACCACAAUGUCGACUAAGAUCGAGGAUUAUCGGACGGUGGAAGAGGUGAUGAUCGCCCAUGCCGGUCAGACGAGUGUGGUCAUCACACGGUUCGGGGACAAUUUAAAGACUGGCUCCGCAAUCACACGGUUAGAAGAAACAUGGACCAUCGAUGAUCUUGCUUUCAAUGUUCAGGGCCUCUCAAUGGAUUGCUUCAUUCCUCCUAAAGAAGUGCAGAAAGAUCACCCGAAGAAAACUCUGGAUUGGAGAUCACCAUUGCAUUGAUCAUGAUCGAAAUCAAUUGUUCAUGAAAGAGUGAGUUAUUUUCAUCAGCCAAAUUAUUGGCGCCCAUAUAUCCAGGCCUUAUAUGCAAUUGAUUUGUUCACGAUACAGAUAUUAUGAAACAUGUUUCUGAAUGUAUAUUCUUUUGUGUAACCAUGUACUACUAAACAACAAUGACUAGACAAAGAGAAGAUCAUGUCUGUAUAGGUCACCUCAUUUGUAUGUACAUUUCUUUACUUUUAGA